CGUCACUUCCGCUUGUUUCGGGAGGCUCGAUGAACGAGAACGCUUCCGUGCGAUUGAACGGGUUGUUUACUGUGGACCGGCCCGAUAAAGUUGUAAAAACAACAAUUCCGUGUUUCCCGUAAGAUAUUCAGCUAUUGUAGGAACGAUAACAGAUAUGCGACGAUCCUUUUUAUAUAAUGAUUGAGCUCAAAACGAAGUGAUUAAGUCGAGGUAAGUGUUCUUACCUGUUGUUAUAUAGGGUCGGUCGCGCGCCGUGGACCAGUCCUUAUCACACAAAGUUACAGUUACAAACGUGUUUUUAUAUCAAUUGUUCGGUUGGUUUACUGUAAAAGUUGGUAAAGACAAUCAACGUUACCAAGCUGCAUUCUGGGCAUCACAUAAAGUUUAUUUCACGCUGCCUUGGGAUAUACACCACGAGUGAAAACAAGCAGGACCAUAUGAAACUUCCGCUAGAAAAUGGCUUCGCCCGGUGUAGUUUCCGCGGAUGGGCCGAGCUCCACCAGUACGCCUGGAACACGAAAGAUGGCUUCCUUGGAGGUUCUGAGCAUCUCGGCUUCAUCCCAGACCAACAAAAGGACCAUGGGGCAUAGAGGAAUUGACCAAACUGGAGAGACCACUUAUAAAAAAACCACAUCAUCAGCUUUGAAAGGCGCCAUUCAGCUGGGCAUCACGCACACCGUGGGAAGCUUGAGCCAGAAGCCGGAGAGAGAUGUGCUCAUGCAAGACUUUGAAGUGGUGGAGAGCAUUUUCUUUCCCAGUCAAGGCAGUAGUUCAACUCCAGGCCAUCAUCACGGUGACUUCAGAUUUAAAACGUAUGCUCCCAUUGCCUUUCGCUACUUCAGAGAGAUGUUUGGCAUCCGACCCGAUGACUAUCUGUACUCUCUGUGCAAUGAACCGCUCAUUGAGUUGUCUAACCCUGGAGCCAGUGGUUCUCUCUUCUACGUUUCCAGCGAUGAUGAAUUCAUCAUAAAGACGGUUCAGCACAAGGAGGCGGAGUUUUUACAGACGCUCCUGCCGGGAUACUUCAUGAACCUAAACCAGAACAUGCGAACGCUGCUUCCCAAGUUCUACGGGCACUACUGCGUUCAAGCCGAAGGGAAGAACAUUCGAAUUGUAGUGAUGAACAACCUGCUUCCCUGUGCCGUGCCGAUGCACCUUAAAUACGACCUGAAGGGCUCCACAUAUAAGCGUCGAGCAUCCCCUAAAGAGAGGGCUAAGGGUGUGCCGACGUACAAGGACCUGGACUUCAUGCAGGACCUGCCUGAAGGGUUGCUGCUGGAGAACGAGCACUACAAUGCCCUCUGCAGGACCAUCCAAAGAGACUGUCGGGUACUUCAGAGCUUUAAAAUCAUGGACUACAGUUUGCUCGUGGGUAUCCACAACUUGGACCGGGCAAGUCACGAGGCGUCUACAUCUGUGCCCGAUAACCAGAAAAAGGCACAGGGCCAGAAACCCUUGUACUGCACAGCCAUCGAGUCUAUUCAAGGAGAGGCCAAAGGCAAGUCGCCACCACAGCCCUAUGAAAGUAUGGGAGGAAUUCCAGCUAACAGUUCAAGAGGAGAAAGAUUGCUGGUUUUCAUUGGCAUCAUUGACAUCCUGCAGUCUUAUAGGCUUGUGAAGAAAUUGGAGCACUCGUGGAAAGCCCUGCUUCACGAUGGGGACACUGUGUCUGUUCAUCGGCCAAGUUUCUAUGCUGAUCGAUUUCAAAAGUUUAUGUGCGCCACAGUCUUCAGAAAACCUCAAUUAAAAACUUUUCCCUCAAAGAAGAGUCGAGGUGGAACGGUGUCUGGUGGGAAAAAAGCAAACACUGCAGUAUCUUUACAAUCCCAACAACAAUCCCUUCCAGUCGGAGCAGCACAAACAAACCUUGAACAAACACAGCCGGCGGCCCAUGUGCUCCAGCCACAGCAGAAUACAGCACAGUCAUCCGGCUCCAGCAGCAGAGCUGUGUCCCUCAGCUCAGAAACACAAGGAGACGAUGGUAUGCAGACAGCUCGUCCCGACCUUCUAUUGCACCAAAGUACUGAAGAUGAUAUCACCAGUGGUUCAGCUGACACAACCCUUUUGGCAACAUCUCCUGAAGGCUCCAGGCCCUCCACAGACACUCCAGCUCUGAGUUGUAGCAGUACAGCUGCUCAGUCUUCGGUGGAAAGUCUAAAUGUGGAAUCGGUUUAAGAUUGUUCUUCCAACCAGCAUAUCAAAUCAGAUAAUGUUGCAGUGAAAGCCUGUGGUUGACAAGGACAAAACAAAGCCCUCAAGGACAAAGAUUUGCUUUCUUUCAAGGACGUCUGAAGAAGGAAAACAUGACUGUAAGGUGCCUUAAACAGCAGAGAAUGUGGGAAGAAAUACUCAAAAGAACUGCAUUUGGUCAUGCAAUUGUAAAGAUAUAUUUCCCUCUUUUUAAACUGUUUUCCGGAUGUCGGCUGUACAGCUUCCAAUAUUGCUGCUAAGAAAUGGAUCCAAAAAUGCCACUGUUGUGGCACUAUAGUAUAAUAUCACUGUUUAUACAGCUGUCAGACAGAGACAGAAGAAACAGUUUUGUAUUUAUAACUUGAUAAUGUUCACAGCAAAUAAGCGAUGAGAACUUUGCAUCUGACUCUUGGAGAACAAACUGGUCUUUCAAAGUUCACUUAGUGAGAGUUAAACAUUUUAUUUAGCAGAUCAGUAGAGUUUUCCUCUUAUUUUGCCAAGGAGACCAAUGUGAAACAAAUGUUUUUCAGUCACACUAUUUACUUAGUUUAGAGGGAAAGAAGCAUUGCCUGUUUUACAGACUUUAAAAAAUAUGAUUGUCUACCAGAAAACAAUCCAUAUCAGGUUGCCUGAACAAUCGUGUUACAAUUAUUUUUAAACUAAAGAUCUGUGAAAAUAGUUAAUUUUUGAAAUAUAGUUGAAUGGCUUACUGUAAUAUUGUAGGACAUUUGUGCCUUAACUGCAUAAGCAAUUUUUUUACAUUUUACUUGGCAUCAUGCCUGCACAUGGAUUGUACAGACUUGCAUGGCCUUCUAAGUACAAAAUCACAGUAUAUAGCAUCUUUAAAAUGUCAGUAUGUAACUAGUAACUACUAUAAAUGUUUUGUACAGUGCCGUUCGAACCCAAUUGUAAAUUCUCCAGAUUUUUAUGCUUUAAGAUUUUACAUGAUGUGCUUAAGAAUGUAAAUGAAGUGACAGAUAAAAGUAUGGUGAAAAAGAUAAAGUUUGUAAAAAUAGUGGAAGUUAAGUACCACGUCUAAAAUACCAAAUUCAGUAUUUUGGGUUGUGGGACUGGUUGGUUUUGGAUAAUAUUUUUUUUAAUAUAAUUUAAAACAAAUUAAGGCACAAUGAAACUUCGUACAUGGCAGACUACUGUAAAAUGUAAAACAUCUAGCUUCUAUACUGUAUCUUUUGAUGUGAUUAAGGAAUUUUAUGGACUACGUUAGAAAGGAACCUCUUUUGGCACGGUUUUGUGGAAUCAAACUAAAAACUGGACCAAAGAGUUAGUUUUAUAUAUUGUUAUACAGUUCCAGUCGGCCUACAUGUAAAGACUGCAAACGAAGAUGGAAAUAUUUUAAAUAUGAAUAGAGUUUAAGGUACACCGCUGAAUAUUUUUUUCAUCGGUUGACUUUUUUUAAGUGAAAAGAAACAUUCCUGUACAAAUCAUAUUUAUUUUUAUGUUUGCAUGUAAUUUAUUUCUUUAUCUCAAGUUCCAAAUUGUCUAGUUGUUAUUUUAUGCAACAAGGUGUGUAGACACUGACACCUGGUGGUUGUGCGAAUUUGGUUCCCAGCAAAUGUAGAUAGAAGGUUAGAAACUUAUACACUCGAGAUCUGGGAUUCUUGUGCAAUUGCUGUUUACUCCUGAACAUGCUGCCUUUUUGCCUUUUUAUCCUAAUUGUCUGAUCAAUCUGAGAAUUACGCUGUACCACACUCUUAAAAUGAAAUAUUCAUAAAUAUAUUUUUGCUCUCAACCAGAGGAUGUUGUAAAUGCGUUCAUGGCACCAUUAUUGAUAUUUUCUGCAAUAUUUCAUGUUAUAUGAAAAUAACUUGAAUAAACAACGGGAAAGCUG